AUGGUUACGCUUGACGAUCGAGUGGUGGACGCUGCCGAGGGGUUUCUGGAUGAUCCUCGCUCGUACCUGGGUGCUCAGAGGGUACUCCAAGUUGCUGUCGAAUCUCCGAGCUCUACCCAGGCUGAAUCUCUCCUGCCGUGGGCGAGGGAAUCGCUUGUUCGAAUCAGCAAGAAAGCUUUGGGUAAUGCUACCCUCCAGCCGUUGCUCGAUGCCGCUCUUCUCACGACCGAAGCUCUUUUCCACCGCGUCAUGCAAGCUCGAGUGACAUUGGCUGAAGGCGUUGUUUAUGAUGCCACACGCCACAUACUCAGGGAGUACGCACCCCGGCUGUUCCUGAUCUUGCAUCGCUCAAGGAAUUCCUGGAACACAAACUGCGAGACGCGGACACUGUCUCAACUUCCUGACUACGUUGGAUAUGUGGGUGCUCUUUAUUCUUUGUUCCGGGGUGAAGAAAAGGCAGUUCGGGGGCCAGGGAAUCCAAAGCAGGAGCUCAUGGACAAGCUGGUCUGGGUGUACAAGGACGUGCCCUAUCUGCUUGGCUACCAUGCAAGGGGUCCCAACGUGACAUUCGGUGCACUCUACCAUGGUGGGGGCAAGGUGCAGUGCCAAGAUUUGGUCACGGUGGAUCUGAGCAGCAUGACUGACAGGGUGCAGUCCCAGCUGAUACUUUUCAACUUGGGGAGGGUUCUGGAAGUGGAUCUUGAGAAGGGUGGCAAGUCCGUGGUUCUUUCGGGUCAAGGGAUAUAUGAACCUGGAGAAGGCAAAGAAGGUGUGGAACGCGUACUCACGCAUCCAGGGCUGCCCAAAUGCAGAGAAGUGUCAUACAGAGGCCUGUCCCCGAAAGAGGAAACGAAACGGUGAUCCUGACGAUCGGUUGUACACUUUGACGUUCACGCCGUGGCUCGAUACGAACCAGCGAGCCACGCCCGUUCCCGAGCUGUUAAGGGCCUUGCUUCACGUCUUCAAUGCGCUGUGUUAUGCCCAUUGUAUUAAUA